UUGUGUUUUUACAGUGCACAUGACACCAGAGGGCGUAGUAAAGGGAGGCUUCAUUUUCAUGUUAACAGUAGCUGGCUGAGGAUGCACGCAAGGACAAGGAAGAAGUGUGAGAGCGCAGCGUGAGACCUGAUCUUCACAAAGUUGUGUCUGCUGGUUUAGACACACUGAGUGAGGGUGUGUGUUUGUGUGUGGAUGGUUUGUAUGGGUGUGCUUGACUGCAUGCAGAUCUAGGACCCUGGCCUGAUGGAAAAGAGAGACAGGAAGCCGGGAUAUUUUGCCAGGCUGAAGAGGCGGAGACAGCUCAAGCAGAGCCAAUCAGAGAAGAAUGUGAAUGAGCAGAACCCGGCAAUCAUCUCCUGUCCAGACAUCCCAAAUGUCAAUGACACCGACCCCAACAAGAAGACGGACCUCCAGAGAAUAACAGCAAAGACACCUGCAGACUCAGAUGGUGGCUGUAAAGAGGCAAAGAGGGAGAAGAAGAGGCCGCCAGGGACAGUGGAGUUCAUUGUGGGACCUAAUGAUUCCCUCAACAGCAUCGCACUUAAGUUCAACAUCACCCCAAACAAACUGGUCCAGCUGAACAAGCUCUUCUCUCGCAGCGUCUACCCCGGUCAGAAGCUGUUUGUGCCUGAUGUGAGCCAGUCAGAAACAGACUUAAAGUCUCCCAGUUCCUCUGAUCCCGCCUUCACGAAUGGUUUAUCUGAGGAGGCAUCGCAUGAUGGUAUUCCUAACUGCAGGUCAGCGAGGUCAAUCCGGCGUGAGCUCUCCCCGAAUUCAGAGGACGAGAGCCCGGCAACAGUUAAAUUCAUCAAGAUGAGCUGCAAAUACUUCACCGAUGGAAUGGGAGUGGUCGGAGGCGUUCUGAUCGUCACCCCCAACAACAUCAUGUUUGACCCCCACAAGUCAGACCCCCUGGUCAUCGAGCACGGCUGCGAGGAGUACGGCCUGAUCUGCCCCAUGGAGGAGGUGGUCUCUGUAGCGCUGUAUGACGACGUGUCGCGCAUGAAACUCAAGGACGCCCUGCCGUCAGACCUACCCCAGGAUCUGUGUCCUGUAUACAGGCCCGGCGAGUGGGAGCAGCUGCCGUCAGAACGAGACCUAAACCCCUUCAGCCGCUACGAAGCUCUGGAUCCAAAGCGACCCAUCGUCUUGGACGAGAUUGAAUCAGCUCUCUCUGAAACCGGGAGCACAGAGUGCGAGCAGACCGAGAAGUCUCCGUCUGAUGAAGGAUUCACCGAGUUGGAGCCGACAGUCAAUGGGAGCACUGAAGAGCCAGAGGGAACAUCCUCAAAAACACCCAGCAUCGUCAGCAGGGACCAACAGGACCUCUUAGGACCAAGCUGCUCAGUCCGGGGAGACUUCCAGGACAAGUCAGUGCUUUGUCAAACUAAAGGGAAGCUGGAUGAUGAAGAGGAUGAGGGCGUAGCUCAGAACAGCUCCAUAGAGGACGGAGAGUCAAUCCAAUCAUCCUCAGAGACUGAAAAACAAGGCGACUUGCAUGAUAAACCCACAAGCCAAGAGGUAACUGAAACCAAAGAUAUCAAAUCUAAAGGGACCCAAGAGCUGCUAAAUGGUGUAGAUGAUAAAAUAAUCUGCGCGCCAGUGGACCAAAACAAGAAGCUGAUUCUUAAGGAGGUUUCGGAGGUUCGUGGGAACUCUAGUCCUAAGAAGCAAAGCCCAGAUAGACCAGCAGAGGGGGACGAACUCAGUGAGGAGGAGAGACGGAAGAAAAGCUAUGAAGCAGAGGUGAAGUCAUGGCUGCUGGAAAGGAUGCAGGCUCCGAUUGAAGACCUGCUUUUCUCAUCAGAGGAGAAAAGUAAAAAUCCGCCCAUGUUCCUCUGCUUCAAAGUGGGAAAGCCAAUGAGGAAGUCCUUUGCCACGGGGAUGCCCACAAGUCCUGCCCACUCAUUUGGGGCUCGGGGAAAGCAGCCAGAGUACUGGUUUGCUGUGCCACAGGAGAGGGUGGACCAUCUGUAUGCGUUUUUUGUCCAGUGGUCUCCAGAUGUGUAUGGAAAGGAAGCGAGAGAGCAGGGCUUCGUUGUGGUGGAAAAAGAUGAACUGGACAUGAUCGACAACUUCUUCAGUGACCCGGCAUCUUGCAGCUGGGAGAUCAUCACCAUUGAUGAGGCGAAGCGUAGGCAGAGUUUUGGCAGCUGUGACGGAGACUUGUCUGUAGAUGCACUGCCUGCACUCAGUGAUGCCAGUGAUCUGAUGCAGGACACGCACAUUGAGAAGCUCGCCUGCCGCCUGCCGGCCCGUGUGCAGGGUUACCCGUGGAGACUGGUCUACAGCACUGUGAAACAUGGCACCAGCCUCAAGACGCUAUACAGGAACCUGGCAGACGUGGACAGCCCUGUGCUGCUGGUCAUCAAAGACAUGGAUAACCAGAUAUUUGGGGCGUUCUCGACUCAUCCCUUCAGAGUGAGCGAACACUGCUACGGCACUGGAGAGACAUUCCUCUAUAGCUUCUGUCCUGAGAUCAAGGUCUACCGCUGGACAGGGGAGAACUCUUACUUUGUGAAAGGCAAUACUGACUCUCUGCAAAUGGGGGGAGGAGGUGGUCAGCUGGGUCUGUGGCUGGACGCCGAGCUAUACCGAGGCACCACCACCAAAUGCGCCACCUUCAACAACCAGCCGCUCUCCGCCCAGCAGGACUUCAGCAUCCACAGUCUGGAGGUCUGGAUCUUUGAGUAGCCUCGCCGGCUUCAGCUACUUCUCUAUAAUCACUCUCUGCUCCACAAUCCCAAACCUCCAGACACCACCCCCGAGUCUAUUAUGCACCACUUGGAGGCAAACGUAGCUACCCGAAAUUACACUAAAUGUUCUGUGAGAGAAGACAGAAAGCAGCCUGUCGAGUUUUUUUAUUUUGACUGCCAACAGAACUGAAAAGUAAUACAGAGGUGUUACUCAACAUCUGGAGGGUGUGAUUGUUGACUGCUGUGUUGACGGGUCUGAACCUGUCACAAUAAGGGUUCGACCUGCAGGUAGGUUUGGCCAGUUUGUGUGUGGUUCGUCAUCCCUACAAAAGGUGGAAGUGUGAGGAAAAUGUCUUGUUGCUCUCAGUUCAUUGGCUGCCUUAGACACCCAACAACACCUCCAGCUUUCCCAGCAUGCAGACUGCCUUACCACCAUAAGCUUAUGAGGAGAGAGGGAUGAAGAGGACGGCUGCUUCUUGACCUCUUGGCUGUGAGGGCUUAAAGAAGUCAAGUCUACUGAUGUUACUGUUGAGUUAAUCCCACAAAAGAGCGCCGGUUUUAAGUGUGUAUGAAAGAAUAACGUGUCUCGCAAUGCUGUCGGUUUAUUCGUGCGGAAGUAAAGGUUGAUGUAAUUUGUAUGUUUGGGAAUGUACAGGAUCAUGUACUGGUAACCGUACAGAAGAAUAUCCUUUUUUAUCACAAAAUGACCUUGAAACUUGAAGGUAGUUGCCAGAGAGGAUUUAAAAGUAGUAAGUUUGAGAUUUUCCAAACUUAAUCCUCCACCAUUAAAUUAAGUUUUAAUCGCGGGGAAACGUAAAUGUUUACAAGUGUCGCACUUCCUUUGAAGGCCAUCUUGUUCUCUUUUAUGUUGAGUUAUAGACUAAAUGAAUGAUCAUGUUCAACUGCAUUUCCUCAUCAUGUUUUCAUUCCACGUCCCUGUACAAUCCAAAACAAGCCAGGAAACACGCAAGCAGAAAGUUUGCAAUGACCAAAUAUGUUUAUAUUUGUUGUGAUCAUAUUUUAUAUAAUAUUUUAGAUUUUUUUUUAUUUUUACAUUUAAUUUUUACAUUCUGUUUUUACAAAGAAGGUUCAGUUUUUUUUUUAAAUGGUUGUACUUUUAUAGAAAUGUUGUACGUCGAGAGGCUGACGCAUCCAAACAAGCACUAGAAGUGACUGAAGAAACUGUUGUCAGUAUUGGAUUCAUUUCUUACGCUGACUCAUUUUAUCUCUUUUUUUUGUUGUUGUUGUUGUUUUUGUUUUUCGUUUGAUGUCAUUGUCGUUCAGAAUUACAGCCAGUAGAUAAUAUAACAAGAUGUCACUUUGCACUACAGAAUUAACAGUCCAUGCUGUAUUGUGGCCCCAUGUAAUGAAGCAUUUAUAAAAAUUUAAAUUGUUACUGAUUGUUUACAUCACCACUACAAAGAGGGAAGCUGCCUGUCCAACCACAGGUCAGCCUCUGCUUCACUUAAAAUGGGUGGAAAAAGGGAUAAUUUGUUGGUCUUAUUGCACUCUGAUAUGCCACUAACUAAAAGUUCAGAUCUACUAACACAGAAAAAGAAAUGUUCAUAUAUAUAUAUAUAUAUAUAUAUAUAUCCUGUGUAUCUGAUACAGGCUUGUAGCGCAUGAAUAUGAAAUUCUGCAAACGUUUGACACCAUUGUUAUGAUACCUGCCAUACUAUUCACUAAUGCCAGUUAUCGCUUCAUGUGAAAAUGAGCUUUGUUGUCUUUUAGCUAUUCAGUGUUGUAACUGUGAAUGCUCCCUAAGUAUUAUUUCUUGUGAAUCCAAAACUGCUGUGUUCUGUGAUAUCACUAAGGAUCUAUUUAUUGUGUUGUUAUCGCAACCACAUUUAAACCUGAAUAAAUGUUAAAUAUAAACAUA